AACGGGGGUGGAAGUGGGUUAAUGUUUAAAGAUUUUACUCAGCUGAUAUCUGAAGGACUAUAAAUUGACUCCACUCUAUCCAACCAGUCUCCCGUCAAGAGGACUUUGAUGGUGAAAAAAUGUGGGGAAAGACUUAUUACUGUGCAAUUGCUGCCCUGCUGGUAGCAACAGCCUGGGCUGCACCCCACGAAGGCCACGAAGGCCACGACCACGGUGGCCACUCAGCUGAGCACCACCACCACCUCCACCACGGCGAGAACGAACCCCACCCCAGCCACGGUGAGGAUGAUGCCUGCCACCUGCUUGCUCCACACAAUGCUGACUUCGCCUUCUCCCUUUACAAGAAACUUGCAUCCCAACCUGACGCACAAGGCAAGAACAUCUUCUUCUCCCCAGUCGGUAUUGCAAUGGCUUUGAGCAUGCUGGCCGUUGGUGCCAAGGGCAGCACUCUUUCACAGAUAUACAGCACUCUGGGUUACAGUGCGUUGCAGGCUCAGCAGGUCAAUGAGGGUUAUGAGCACUUGAUCCACAUGCUGGGCCACAGUCGGGAAGCCAUGCAGCUGGAGGCAGGCGCUGGUGUAGCCAUCAGAGAAGGCAUCAAAGUGGUGGACAAGUUCCUGAAGGACGUUCAGCACUACUACAACAGUGAAGCCUUCAGUGUUGACUUCUCCAAGCCUGAAAUUGCCAUAGAAGAGAUUAACAAGUUCAUUGCCAAGAAAACUCAUGACAAGAUCACCAGCAUGGUGAAGGACCUGAACUCCGAUACAGUGAUGAUGCUGAUUAACUAUAUGUACUUCAGAGGGAAGUGGGAUAAGCCAUUUGAUGCACAGCUGACUCACAAAGCUGACUUCCAAGUGGACAAGGACACCACCGUGCAAGUUGACAUGAUGAAAAGAACCGGUCGCUAUGACAUCUAUCAAGACGUGGCCGGCCACACUACGAUCAUGAUGGUGCCCUACAGAGGCAACACUUCCAUGAUGAUCGUUCUUCCUGAUGAUGGGAAGAUGAAGGAGGUUGAAGAAGCCAUCUCCAGAGAGCAUCUUAAGGACUGGCAUGGGAAACUUUUCAGAAGCUCAGUGGACCUGUUCAUGCCCAAGUUCUCCAUCUCUGCAACGUCCAAACUGAAACCCAUUCUGGAGGAAAUGGGAGUGACUGACGCAUUCGGUGACACAGCAGAUCUCUCUGGGAUGACAGAUGAGCUCAAAGUCAAGGUGUCACAGGUUGUCCAUCAGGCAGUCCUCAGCGUGGAUGAGAAGGGCACAGAGGCAGCGGCUGUAACCACAAUAGAAAUCAUGCCCAUGUCCCUGCCAGACUCUGUGAUCCUCAACCGACCUUUCUUGCUACUGAUUGUAGAGGACAGCACCAAGAGCAUCCUCUUUAUGGGCAAGAUCACCAAUCCUACAGAGUGAUAUCCAACUCUGCAUAAGCCUGCUAAUCUUUAUGUAGCUUAUUGUAAACUGCAAUAAAUUGAUUUGAUUCUAAUUAAAAGAGUCAUCAUGAUUUUGA